GCCCCCCAGAGGCCUGGUACAGACUGACAGCCCAAACUUCCUCUGCAGCAGCCUGCCCCAGCACUGGAGGUGUAACAAGACCCUGCCGAGAACCUUCACUGUGGUUGCCCUGGGUGACGACGUGCCAGAUGGUGUGGUUGUCACAGUGAUGGCUGGCAACGACGACAACAGCAGCGCUGAGCUGCGCAACGCCACAGCAACCAUGAAGCAAGGUUGCGCCCAAUUCAACGACCUCCGCUUCAUAGGCCGCAGCGGGAGAGGCAAGAGUUUCACCAUCUCUAUCAAUGUGCUGACCUCGCCCCCUCAGAUCGCCACCUUACACAGAGCCAUCAAGAUCACUGUGGAUGGGCCGCGACUGCCUCGACGACAAAGGCAGAAGGAGGUGAAGUCAGGAGUGUUCAGGCCGUCCAGCAGAAGCGCCACAUCAUUAGACUCUAGAUCCUUCGCCUCCUCUCUGUGGAGCAAUGAGCCAUCGUACUUGGGCCACGUGACCUCUCUGACCUCCUCCUUCACUCCAACUCCCAGAAUGCACCACCUGCCCGCCCUCCCUUACACCACCCAGGCUUCUCCUUACAGCUCCUACCUGUCUUCUCCUCCUCCUCUUCCUCCUCCUCCCCCUCCGCUGAGCCACAGUGGUCCGUUCCAGCCUGCCAGCUUCUAUUAUGGACCCAACCAACCGCUCCAAACCGCAGGGGAGGACAGAAACGUUGUCACGGCACUGACCAAUUAUACUGAAGGGGCGUGUCUUUCUAUAAGAGGUGAGGAGCCUGUCUGGAGACCUUACUGAUGAUUAGAUGUGUCGUGUUAAACAUCAUCCUCAAAUUAUUUAAUAAUUUAGCAAGUUUUAUGCUCCCAUCCACCUGUUCAAAUACAUCUUUAAACUUCUGACUUCUGCUUGUCAACAUCUGUAACUUCUGUGUACUGCAGUGAUUAUUCUUUUCUUAUUAAUUGAAUGGUUAUGAAAACAUUUAUUUAUUGUUUUUGAUUAUUAUUUUAUAAUUCUGUAUAUAAAUAAAUAAGCUCAUGAAAUGGAAGUAAAUUCGUUGACAGGUAAAAAUAAAAGACCAAAAGUCUUGGUCAAACGUCAUGAUUAACUUCACAAGCAACAAAAUGCAAUUGAGUUAAACUUUUAUAUUCUCACUCUGCGGGUCUGGUUUUAUGUGAGACUGAUUCCCUGAAGCUGAGACUGUCUUUUAGUUACUUGUGAACUGUGACAUUUUAAUAAUCUAUAAACUGAGAUAACAUCCUAUAAACUUGUUUUAAAAAAUUACAUUUAUCUCCGAUAACUUGAGGCUUUUUUUUUUAUCUGUGUUGAGGAGCAGCUUCUGUGAAAAUGAAUCACUGCAGCUGAAAUUUAACUAAAAACCAACAUUAUUAUUUUAUACUAUACCAUGAAGUUUAGAUUCAUUAGGAAGAUAAAUACAUUUUUACCUUCUAAUGAAUUGUUUUAUUAAUUUUACCAGCAUAAUCUCUUUGUUUUAUGUGUUUUCUUACCUUCAAUUCAAUAUUAUUUGUAUAGUGCCAAGUCACAACAUACAUUAUCUCAAGGCCCUUCGCAGGAUAAGCUUAAAAACUCACAAUAUUAUAAAGAGGAACCCAACAGUUCAGUUCCCACAAUCAGCAAGUGCUGAGAAAACAGUGGAGAGGAAAUUCUCUCCUUUUUUUUUUCCUGGUUUCUCUUCCCGUACGUCAAGAAGAAUUCGGCUCAAUGAUACGUCACG